GACUUUGACAUAAUGAUAACAACUAGAGGUUAACCAAAAUAUAAAUAUUUUUAUACUAUUUCAAAAAUAAAAUGCAAAGUGAGAAAAAGCUGCGGUUUCUGUCCGCUUCGAAAGUAUUAUUUCAUUCCGAGAGCAAAGUGGAAGACCUAGGCAAAUAUGAGAAACCCGACAGGGAGAAGGAUACCAGCUGUAAAAAAAAAAUGCCCAGCCUUUGGUCCUUCUUAAAUCAAGAACUGACACGUGGAUACGAAUUGGACAACUCGGAAGAUAGAUUUUCGAUCAGAAGAGAAAAAAUAUAUUCCUUUAUGAAGAUUCCGAAGGAAGUAGAGAGAUUCAUGCUAUACGGAUUUAUGCAAUGCGCCGACGCCUUCUUGUUUGUCUACACUUUUUUACCUAUGAGAGUAUUGUUAGCUUUAUGGGCUUUGAUCACUAGACCGCUUUGUAAAUGUUUCGGAUUUGGUAAAAGGCCUCCUAAUUGUAUAUUAACACCUGCUGAAAUCUGUGAUUUACUCAAAGGACUAAUACUCCUUGUGUGCAGCAUUAUUAUGAUGUAUUUAGAUAUAAACAUGUUGUAUCAUCUAAUCAAGAGCCAGUCGGUUAUAAAACUGUACAUGUUUUUCAAUAUGCUUGAAAUUGGCGAUAGAUUAUUUUCUUCUUUCGGACAAGACGCUAUAGAUUCUUUAUUUUGGACAGCAACUGAGCCCAGAGGAAGAAAAAGAGAACACCUAGGCACAAUACCGCAUUUGCUGUUUGCUAUUAUUUACGUCGUCCUUCACGGGUUAUUGGUACUAUUUCAAGCUACGACAAUAAACGUGGCUAUUAAUUCGAGAAACAAAGCUCUACUAACCAUAAUGAUGUCUAACAAUUUUGUGGAACUCAAAGGCAGCGUAUUCAAAAAAUUCAACAACAACAACCUCUUCCAAGUGUCCUGCAGCGACGUCAGAGAACGCUUCCACUUGUGCACUCUCCUAUUCAUCGUCAUAUUACAGACGAUGCGAGAGUAUAGUUGGAAGUCCGAGCGUUUCUGGGUCAUGCUGCCGGAUUGCUUGUGCAUAUUAUUAGCCGAAAUGCUGGUGGAUUGGAUCAAGCACGCCUUCAUAACCAGAUUCAACGAGUUGAAUCUCGACGUGUACAGAGAUUACACGACGAGUCUGGCCUACGACGUGGCGCAAACCAGACAGAAGCACGCCUUUUCCGAUCAUUGCGAUCUGUUGGCGAGAAGAAUGGGAUUCAUACCGCUACCGUUGGGCGUCGUUACUAUAAGGGUGCUCGUGCAUUGCGUUAAAAUCGAAAACAUCGGCUCCAUUAUCAUUCUAAUACUGAUUUUCACGUUCCUUACGUCCCUGAAGAUCUUCAACAGCCUGGUCAUAUUGGCGAGGGCCUGCUAUUUGAUAGCGCAACAUAGGCUCGAGAAGGCGUCUUCGUUAAAUUCGCCCACUUAUAAUAGAUGCAAUAGUCCUUUGUUGACCAGAUCGAGGACGGAUUCUGGCACAAGUCCCCUGCAUCCUAUAGUGGAUCAACCUACCAGUAAGCCUAUAGUGGUGUUUCAAAAUAUCGUCGUGGAGAAACGGGACAACGGGAAAAUAGAACCGCCGUUACCUAUACCUGUAGAUUUAGGAUCCGCUGCAAUUUUCGCCAAUAGCAAUGUCGACCUUCAAAAUGCCACCCUCAACGAUGAGUUGCUGAAAAUCGAAGGAGACGACAUAAAGAUAGAGGCCAACGAGGAGGUAACUAGAAGUUAUCCGGACAUAAAAAGCGAAUUAUCGGACAAAGGGGCACCUAUAGAAUGUUGCCCGGAAGAGACUAUAAAGAGAUCAGAGUCUGAGCCUAAUUUAAAUAAAACGGACAGUGAGAGCUAAUGUUUACCUAUACUGUUUUGAAUGGUUGUUUUUAAAUAAAUAUUUUCCGUUA